AUGUCUCUCGCCGAUGAGCUGCUGAUGGACUUUGAUGAUGAUGAGGUGGAGCAGGAAGAACUCAAUACCGGCGCCGACGAAGCUUUGGAUGAAGAAGCUGCGGCGAGGAAUGCGAUGGACGCAGAGAAGGAUGAGGAAAACAAGUUAUUUGAGGUCGAUGUCAAAGGCGUCGAUGAUGUACGGAGUAUCGCGAAACUCAUAGACUCAUCAGAGUUGAACUCCGUCCUCGAGCGUAUCGACCACUUCUCCACAAACCCCCGACAAACCCUCCACGGCUCCCCCGAACAAGACCCGGAAUACGCCCUUAUCGUUCAGGCAAACUCCCUCACCACCUCCCUCUCCGACGAUCUCCACCUCGUUCUCCGCUUCAUCCGGGAUCACUUCGCCCCACGAUUCCCCGAACUCGAACAACUCGUCCCAGAUCCAGUGAUGUACGUCUCCGCAGUCCAAGCAAUCCGAAACGAAAUGGACCUUACCGCCAUCGACCUAAAAUCAAUCCUUCCCUCAGCAACAGUCAUGGUCGUCACCGUCACCUCCUCAACAACGACAGGGACACCCCUACCACCCGACAAACUCGUAACUGUGGAGAGCGCCUGCGAGGUCUUUACCCGUCUCCGUGCAGCAAGAGAGAAAAUCACAUCAUACGUCUCCUCCCGCCUCUCCUUCUUCGCGCCUAACCUCGCUGCGCUUCUGGGUGCCUCUACAGCCGCAAACCUCAUCUCCCAAACCGGUGGUCUCUCCGGUCUCGCCAAGAUCCCCGCCUGUAACAUCCCUUCCCUCGGCGGUACGAAAGCACGGGGUCUCGGGCUCGCAAGCAAUGUCCGGGAAAGACAACAAGGUUUCUUAUACCACAGUCCAGUCAUCCAAUCCUGCCCCCUCGACGUACGGAAACAAGCACAACGAAUCAUGAGUGCGAAACUCCUCUUAGCCGCUCGCGUCGACCUCGCAAGAUCAAGCCCCGACGGCAGCAUGGGACAAACCAUCCUCCAGCAAGUUCAGGAGAAACUCGAGAAACUGGCCGAACCACCAACGAGCAAAGGACCUAAAGCACUACCAGCACCCGACGAUCCAGUCCGGAAGAAGAGGGGUGGAAAGAGGAUUAGGAAGGCGAAGGAGGCGUUUGCGGUUACGGAGCUACGGAAGUUGCAGAAUCGGGUGCAGUUUGGAGGGGAGGAGGUCGAGGUUGGGUUUGGAGAUGAGACAGAGGGGUUGGGGAUGAUUAACGCCGAGGGACUCGGGAAGCUUCGUGCCGCGGCAAUCGAUACGCGGACGAGGGCAAAGGCAUCGAAGUCCACUUUAUCCCGCCUCGCCGCUGCGAAUGCAAGCGGGAUGAAGAGUGUGAUUGGGGGAAGAGAGACGAGUGGGUUGGCGAGUAGUGUCGUGCUGGGGAGUAAACAGGGGAUUGAGCUCGUGAAUCCGGAGUUGGUGAGCGCAAUGAAGAAGAAGAAGGAUGACGAUGAGGGGAAGGAUUGGUUUAAGGGGGGUUUGUUUUCGCAGAUUAAGCGGUGA